AUGAGCGUGUCGGCCAACAUCAGCACCUUGCAGUCCAUUUUCACUAACUGGGUUGGCUCAGCACACGGUGCUGGGGUGGACACGGCGUGUUAUCGAGAAACCCAUAUUGCAAAGGUGUGUCCUCUCGGUUUCGAGUACAAGCUCGGCACGUGUUGGGCCGAGUGUCCUCUAGAAUAUCCCGUCGAGUGCGGAAUGCAAUGCAUUCGACAAAACGAUGACUGCACGCUUGAAAUGCUGUCCAAGUUCUCUUCAGUAGCUCAGGCAGCGCUUUCGGUUGCCACUUUCGGGGCAUAUGAAGCAUUCUCAAAAAUGGCAAAAGGAGUCCAGACUGCGUUCCGAUGCGGUAAGGAGAUUGCCAACUUGGUCAAGGCCCUAUCGAAGUACGCGCGAACGGUUCUCGUUAGCGACCCGCAGACCACGACAGAAGAACUGACGACAAUACUUUACCAGACCGAUAAUGUGGUCUUCGACUUACCGAUCACUAUCAUGUCGUGUCUCGGGUUGAAAGUCUCGGCGGAACUCAAGUUUACGGAUCGCGUUACGAAUACUAUCGAGCUGUUCGUGAAAGAGGUUGUGACUCACCGAGAAGCCAUCACCUCCGGUUGGCAUAUAUUUACGAGUUUCAUGAAGAACAUUUCUCUGGAUGACGCUUUCGACAGUCUUGACGAAACGACCAUUACUUCACUGCAGUCAGCGUUGGCCUCCGAUUCGACUUGUGGAGACGACAUGAAGCACCUUACGGAUCGAGUGUGGAUGACCGUGGCGUAUCUACGCAAACAGAACCCAAGGGUCUCUGAAGACGAGAUCCGAGUGAUCUUAAGCAAGUCAAACCUCAUGCACCACGAGAUCCCUCUCGCUACGAAUAAUUGUAUGAAGCAAUUCAUUGAGGAAUCCGACGAGGCCACAGCAUACACCACGCGUGACACUUUACGCAAGACCUUCGGGGGCAUUGUUGACGACCUUAUUAGUUCCGGAACGAGCGAUAACGGCACAUAUCUCUCUGCAGAAGAAUACUCUUACACUAUCAGCAACAAGGUUCUGAUGCUCGCAGCAGUUUGGGAUCCGUCCAAUUUUAUUGGUGAAGUGGACGAUGGCUCUGCGUCUGAUGCGCUGGGUCUGCGAACAGUGGGCAAAGCCUUUAAUAACAGUGCUGGAACUUGGACCAAAAAGGGCGAUGGCUCCGUCACUGUCGUCUUUCAUAGCGAAGACACAGAAGAUGUGAAGGUGAACGUCAUGUCGGGUGGUAAUCAGAUCGACAAGGUUAAAGUUAAAGCGGGCACCAAUGUGACUUGGGUCUCCAAUACAACGGUGCUAGGAGGCAAGACGCUGUACUUGGAUCGAUGGCGCGAUGGAUUCUUGGGAAUUCCAGGCACAGGAGGUGGAUCUCUGUUACUUUGGAUCCCCCGAUCGGAUCAAGGUGGAAAGUUAAUGCUCACUUCAAAGCUCAACGUUAGUUAG